AUGGCUCCUUCGGACCCCGUCGGAACCUGGCAGGAUGACAAAGGGACCGAGUACAAGGUCUCUCGUGAUGGGCCGGCGAGAUGGACUGUGGAAACUUGCCGUCCAGACGGCCGGCGCCGUGUAACAAAAGGUUUGCUAAAAGUGUGGGAGGGUGCGGUUUAUUGGGGAUCGUCCUACUACUUGGACGAUUGCCACAAGCGUUGGCUCACCUGGAAGCCGCUGAAGGAAGGAAAAUCCGAGUACCACUGGUACGCAGUAGACGAUCCGAAGAAGCGCGAGAAGCACUUUGUUGUGAAGGAGCCCCGUGAUGAGGACGCCGACAGUCCCAAGGAUCGCGAGGUCACACAGACCAAGGAUAUGGCAUCGCAGACCGAAUCCGUUCGGCCAGCCGUGGAGAUGAUUGUGCGGAUCACCGGCAAGUGGAGGGAUGAGAGUGGCAGCCGCUACGAAGUGGUACCAGACUCUGACUCCACAUGCACAGUGGUCACCACACGUCCGACCGGGAGAGUCCUCCGAACAGAGGGGCUAAUCCAGUACAAACCAGAGGAGUGCUGUAUCUACUGGGGGAACAAGUUUCGCCUUGAGCUGAAAGAUAGCCAGAGCUGCGUCUGGGUUCCCCUGCGCAGUGGCAAGUCCUUCUGCUGGCAGGCCGACAGUCCCCGACCGGUGGUGAUGCACACGAGCACUUUGCCCACAGCAAGGAACAUAGUGGAGGCAUCUGCCCAGUUGCAAGACCUCCUAGGCAUCUCAAAAUCUUCUGGGAACAGCCGCGGUGGUCUCCAGAAGCGGAUCUACAACCGCCCGCUGAUUUCGAGGAACUCGACUUAUAGCUCCUGA